UGACAGAUGUACUAGCUGAAGUACAAAGAAGUGUUCCUCUCUAUGUAUUCCUUACAUGAGCGUUGGUAGCGACGCCUUUUCUUCGAUCUUUUCCGGUUUUAUGGCGGAUCAUAAGAAUGAAGCAGAUUGUUACUAAUCAAACGGUUAAAAUCCCAGAGGGAUUGACUGUUACAGUCAAGUCUCGUCUGGUAACGGUAAAAGGACCGAGAGGUGUAUUGAAACGAUCCUUCAAACACCUUGCACUCGAUAUUCGUAUGAUUAGCCCGAAGUUAUUGAAGGUAGAGAAAUGGUUUGGUACAAAAAAAGAAUUAGCCGCCGUUCGUACCGUGUGCUCGCAUAUUGAGAAUAUGCUUAAAGGUGUAACGAAGGGCUAUCAAUACAAGAUGCGAGCUGUGUAUGCUCACUUUCCUAUCAACUGUGUAACUACGGAGAACAACACAGUUAUAGAAAUCCGUAACUUCUUAGGCGAGAAGUACAUACGUCGCGUUAAAAUGGCACCAGGUGUAACUGUUGCAAAUUCUGGCAAACAAAAAGAUGAAUUAAUUAUAGAAGGAAAUUCCUUAGAGGACGUAUCACGUUCAGCUGCUCUUAUCCAACAGUCAACGACAGUAAAGAACAAGGAUAUUAGAAAGUUUUUGGAUGGACUUUAUGUAUCUGAAAAAACAACAGUUGUACAAGAUGAUGAAUAAACUUUUCAAUAUAUGAAUAAUAGAAUUUA